AUGAAUGCUAAGAAGAAACCAAGAUCCUCAUGGACCUGGAACAAUCUCCAAUUUGGCACAAAUUUACUUGAAAAAGAAGAGGAGCUUGGGAGGAGAUCACUGCUUUAUAGCCUUCUGAUGCUUGUGAUGAACCAGUUUGUUCCUGGUUUGGACAAGAGCAAAGGAAUGUACUUUUUGUUCAUAAAGUCAGAAGCUAAGACUCUAGGAGGUCUUUUAGCUCGUCCAGUUCUAACCAGUUACUACAAAAGCUCAUAUUCUAGGCAGAGGCCUUAUGAUCCUUACACCAACUAUACUAGCCCGAACGAAACAAUUCUAUGCUCAGAUUCUUACCAGAGCAUGUACUCUCAAAUACUAUGUGGGCUGUGUGUCAAAGCAGCGAAGUUCUUCUAG